AUGAGUACAUUUUUACUAGAUAAUCUAUCGUCAGAGAUAGGUUUAUUUACGGAUAGUGGGAAGGGAAGCUUGGAUGGCCUUUUAGGGGUGUGUGAUAAUUUCUUGAAUGAAUUGAAACUGACAAAACUGGCCUUAGAAGAGCAAUUGGCUGAAGAGGAACAAGGAAUAGAACACGAAAAUAGAGUCGAUCCAUUUGAAAGCUUACAGAAGUCAUCAGAAAAGUGGUAUAAUAAGUCUAUUGUUCAUCUUAAGACUUACAAUGCUAGUAUUAAUAAGUUUCAGAAGAAUAUUCUUAACAACAGUAAAUUUAACGUAGAUUUGGAUGAAGCUUAUACAUACCCCCUUAAUUUGAAUAAUUUUCCCGUUAAAUAUAAUCAACAUGAAUUGACGGAACCUCCUACAAACACAAGUCUCGAUAUUACAAAUGAUAUAAGGGCUAUUAAACUAGAGAACCACGGUGAAUUAAUUAAAGCAAUUAUCAUACAUUUAUUGAAGAUUGGACAAUGUGACCUAGUAAAAGAUAUGAUCAAGGAAAUCGAUCCAGAGGGUGCUUUGAUGGUUGAUGAAACGCUCCUUGAAAAGUUCAAGCUUUUGAAUGAGAUUGUUGACGAUAUCGUCGUAAGGCACGAUUUAUCUAAGGUAUUGAAUUGGUUCAAAGAUAAAUAUAAUUCUGAAAAGACCGGGUCUUAUGGGGUAGGAAAUAUUUCCCAACCGGUUAGGCUAUCUCAUCAUGACGAAAUAGAAUUUAAAUUUCAUAUGCUUCAAUUUACCAUACUUCUUAACGAAGAUCAAACAAAGCCUUCAUUUGAUCCAGACAGAGUUUUGGAAGCUUACCUUUAUGCUAAGGAGAAUUUUUCUAAGUUUUUCAAAGAUUAUCUUCACGAAAUCUCUCCGCUUAUGACAUUACUUUUAUUUAAAACUACGCAAUAUGAAGAGAAUUCUCAACAAUACAUGACAAAUAUGCUUUCUGAAUUCAUUAGCAAAAUGAAACAAUCUUUUAAUGCUGACCAAAAUAAUAGAACAGGGCAAUAUAAACAAUCUCAGUUUAUAGGAGAGAUAUUAGCCAGCUUUGAGAAUAUUCACGGCAAUCAGUCUAUUUUUGUUAAUCUUUCAAAUGAGUUCAUAUCUGAUUAUUGUAAAGAUUUGAACUUAUCAAAUGACUCCUCAAUAUUCCAAAGUGUUCUUGCUGGAUUUAUCAACUUGCCUAGCUUUUACAAGUACAAUAAAAUUCAAAUGAAGUUGAAUAAGGUCUCGAAAGCCUCUCAAUCUAUCGCCACUUUACCAACCGCUGAAAAUGAUACCACUAGAAAUAAUAGCGCAAGCUACUCAAUUUCAAACAACAAUGCUACAAUUGUUAAUUUUGAAGCCAGCUACCAUUAUGACUUACCAUUUCAAUUACCUGAUUCGAAUAAAUUUCUAUUUAAUUACCAUCCUAUUUUUAUUUGUCCUGUGUCCAAGGAGCAAUUGAUUCCAAUAACUUUAGAUGAUGAAUUUCAACUUGAACAAGAACAUAUAGCAAAGAAGAAGAAAAUGACACAGGCUAAUGCUGAUAUAUUGAGUUUUAUGCAAAACCCUGUAGUGGUUUUGAAAUUUUGCCAGCACUUAGCUCUAAGGGAUAGUGUGUGGCAACUAUCAAAGAAGGGCUCUGAAAUUUUCAAAUGUCACUACUGUUAUAAGAAGCAUAAGUUUUCAGAUGUUAGUGAUGCUUAUUUCAUCGAUUUAUGA